ACCAAAAUGCCUCAUCCCUGACCCUCAGUAUACCCAGCCCACAAUAUCACACAACUGUCUUUGCUACACAGUUCCCUACAACAAAGAGGCCUAAACCCAAUAGGCUAAUCUUGAUUACCUGAGCAGGGCCAAUAUGAAGCGGGAAUCAAUUGAGGAGCUCAGAAUCCCACAAACAAACAGUUGCUUUGAAGUUGAGAUUGAACCCAGGAACGGUUGGUUUACACGGCUCAAGGACAAGUAUGACGAAUUAUGGUGGAGGAAUUUGGGUAUGUUUGAUCUCUUUUCUAGCUCCGGAAUCCGACAGUGAUGGAUUUGCUUUGGAUUCGU